CACUCAUUUAACUUGUCAAGCCCAUCUUUGCCCAAGUGCUUCAGUUCAGACUGAGUCUUCUACUCUCUUCUCUUUCCACCCAAGAAUAUAAGUUGGUUGUCAAGUUCAUCACUGAUACCUCAACUUUAAGAUGAGCAGCACUUGCUAAGUGGAGAAAGGCAUAGAGCUAUCUAGGUUUUGGUCUAGUUUGGUCCCAUUAGCAGUUUGAUUUGAGUCGCACGCGUGGCCGCCUCGACAGUCCAAGCAUUGUUGCUUCAUUUGGUGUCUUGGAAAUGGAGAAGGUGAUGAGAGUGGCUUCAGAGAAAGGAGUGGUGAUCUUCAGUAGGAGCUCAUGUUGCAUGUGCUAUGCUGUCAAGAUCCUGUUUCAUGAACUUGGGGUGAACCCCAUGGUUCAUGAGCUGGAUCAGGACCCUGAAGAAAAGGAAAUGGAGAGGGCACUCUCCAGGAUGGGCUGUAAUGCACCUGUACCAGCUGUGUUCAUUGGUGGUAAGCUGGUAGGAUCCACCAAUGAAGUUAUGUCCCUCCACCUCAGUGGCUCUCUGGUUCCAUUGAUCAAGUCAUAUCAGACUCUAACCUGAAUACUACAUGCUGUAAUACCUUUAUAAUAAACCUUGCAGCUUAAUUCCAGCCAAUCACUGGAAACCUCUAUUGUAGUGAUGACUAUCAUGUGUUAAAGUAAUUCUUAGUUAGUUUAUUAUAUAGAUAUGUGUCUCUGUGAUCUCUGUAUUCUACUCUAAUUUUCUUAAUGAAGUUGUGCUUCCUUGGUCUCUUGCA